AUGGUCUGUGUCACCCCCACUGCUUUAGUCGCAUUCUAUCCUCUACGCUUUUUCCUAUCUUUCCCCAACCACUCGCUUUUUAGUUCUUACAUCCCCCCAGAACACCAUGGGCACGUUUACAUUUCAAUGGUCAGUGAAGGCAGAAUUGUCAUAAAUAUCACCGGGCUGGAGAGGUCUGGCGCACAGGACAUUGCUAACGGGGCGGUUACUCGCAGGCCCUAUAAUGCGAGUGAAGUAUUUGUCACCGGCACCUUCGACGAUUGGGGGAAAACAGUCCAACUAGACCGGGUGGGCGACACCUUCCGCAAGACCGUGACCAUUUCCCCUGUACAAAAAGUGCACUACAAGUUUGUUGUCGACGGAACCUGGACUACAGACACCAACGUGCGCGAAGAAGACGACGGCCAGAACAACAUUAAUAACGUGCUGUUACCCGAAGAGAUCGAGACUGCGGAUCACUCUAACGUCGCCCCCACUAUGUCUGGCGUGACCCCUGAUUCUACGACCGCGGCUCUGGCGGCCAACGUUCCCAAGACCAAUGGCAAUCUGCCCGGUACCUUCCCGGACACCCCGGGACAGGAGUCCGAGCAGACCCUGUCCGUGGAUCCCAUUCCGGCCUCCGGCGGCUAUGGCAACCCCGUCAAGCUGAACCCGGGUGACAAGGUCCCCCACCACAGUGAGCUCCACAACAACACAGUGGAUUCCGGGGUGUCUUUGGAUAAGGAAACCUACGAGAAGGGUCAAACGUUGCCGGUGGACCCAGGGAACCCCACGGAUGCGGGCAACUCUGACGCCUUCGCAUUCACAAUUCCCCCGGUCACGAACAACAUGAUCCCGGAAUCCAGCCUCCCCAUCAUUGGGGGCCCAGCCCAACAGGCCGCCGCGAAUGAAACUGAGCCGAUUUACUCCGGGGGUCCUGCGCAGCAGGCUGCCGCCGCCGAUCCAGGCUACACGAUUCAAUCUGCAGGCCCUUCCUCCACUACCGCCGCACUGGCUGCUAAUGUCCCACUGGAGUCCAAGGGCAAGCAGGCGAAUGGCGAUCAGCCCGUGGAAGAUGUGCCGCAGGUGGUGAAGGAUUCGCUUGCCGAGGCUCACCAGGACCCCGAGGCGGCUGCCAAUAAGACCGCAGUGGAGGAGAAGAAGGAUCUGGAGAAAGAACUCCAGAAGAAGGUGGAUGUGGAGGAGUCUGCAGGCACCCCAGCACCCACCGUGACUGCAGCCACUCAGCCGAUUGCGCCUCAUCUCACCCUGGGCAGUGGCGUGGACUCGGCCGACGUGUCCCCGACCUCAACCCCUCCUCCGGGUCGUAAUGCGGCCGCGGCCAUCCCGACCUCGCAGCCCAAGACCACUGAGCCGAGUACCGAAUCUACUGGGCCAACGGUGACGACUGGCCCCGAGACUACUUCUACCGCUGAGACCACGACCGCCAAGCCCGCGCCUACUGGGCCAACGGUGACGACUGGCCCCGAGACCACUUCUACCGCUGAGACUACGACCCCCAAGCCCGCGCCUACUGUGUCCACCGGGGAUUCAGCGCCAGCUGCGUCUGAAACCAAGGCCGACAAGCCCGCCCAGUCUCCUAGUACGGAAAACGCUUCUACCAAUGGAUCCAAGAGUGACAAAAAGAAGAAGCGUCUUAGUAGCUUCUUCAGCAAGCUCAAGGAGAAGUUGAAGUAG